GCAAUUCUACUUUUGAUAAGCAUGUUUUAUUUUAACUUAAGGGAAUGAUUUCAUUGUGAAUUUAUUUUGUUUUGACAUAAUCCUAGUUGUGAAACUACCUAAUAUUGAUGUAAUUAUUACAACGUUUAAAGUUUAGGGUUAUUUGACAACAAAGUGUUAACCUCUAAACAAACUUUUGUCGGUGAUGUACAAAAAUUUGAUUUAAAAAUGGUGUCUGAUACAUUUUUAACAACAGCUUUAAGAUCAACAUUGGUAUGUUCUACUUGUGAAGGAUGUUUAUCAUACUUCCCAAUACAUACAAAUGAAAAUGGAAAUUAUUGUGGACGAUGUUUGCCCCCCGAAAUGUCUCUUAGAAAUGAAAUAUACGAAAAAUUGGCAAGCAUAAAUAAAUUUCCUUGUCUUAACAAUGCACAAGGUUGUAUGCAGUUCAUUAUUCCUUCGAAAGUGCCAGAUCAUGAACAAUUUUGCAAGUAUAGAAAAAUAAGUUGUCCAGUAGUCAUUCAAAAUAAUAAAUGCAACUGGCAAGGACUUUCCAUUGAUAUAUUUGCUCAUUUUGAAAAAAAUCAUUUAACUUACAUUAUGCAAAACUCUAAAGUUGAAAUCAAUUUUGUUCACAACUAUGAAAAUAAUUAUUUAUUACCAUAUUUUGAUGAUUAUUACAUUGUUAAUAUAAACACGAACACUAAAGAAGGGUUGUGUAGUUUUAAAAUUACUUAUCUUGGAAGCAAUCCAGAGAGCAAGAAAUUUAUUUGCAAAUUAAAAUUCCAAUCGGUUAACAAACAGGAUAAAGCCUCAUUUGAAUUUAAAAUAUUUGAAAAAAGCAUACAUACUAUUAAAGAAAUAAAAGAGGCAUUAAAAGACCCUGCUGCCAUAGAAGUAUACUUCGAGUUAUACAAAAAAUAUGAAGCAAAACAAGUUGAGGAUAAAAAAAUAAUUGCUGAUGCCAUGAAUACAGAGUUAUUGGAUGAACUUGAAUGUCCAGUGUGCUUUUUCUACAUGGUUCCACCAAUUAUGCAAUGCGAAAAAGGGCAUAGUAUUUGCAAACCAUGCAGCCUCCAGGUGAAGGAGUGUCCCACAUGCAAAAAUGGUAUAAAAGAUACACAAAAUUUUGCCCUUGAAAAAAUCUCAAGAAUGAUGACUUAUCCAUGCAAAUUUGAUUUGUGCACAUUCAAGGGAAAAUUCAAUAUUAUCAGAAACCAUGAGAGUAAAUGUAGGUUUGGAGAAUUUGUGUGUCCAUUAAAAGAAUAUGAUAGGUGUAAUUGGAUGAGAAACAUACUAGAAAUGCCAGCACACGUGGAGGAAAAACAUUUGGAAAACCUGCUAGAACUUGAGACUGUAGUUAUGCCCUUUAAUGCAACAGACAUGGAAGAUUGUUUCAUUUUAAAAUACGAUUUUCAGCUUUUUAUUUUGCAUUUAAAGUUUGCUGAUCAAUUUUUUUAUUUUUCUCUUCAGCUUGUUGGUCCUCAGGAAGACAGUGUUGAAUAUAGCUAUGAAAUUGAUAUAAUAGAUUGCUCAGGAGGAAAAAGAAGAUUCUAUUUUACUGAUCAAUGCAAUGAACUUACUGAUAAAAAUAUGGCAUUUGAGUUGGGAAACAUUUUUCAAGUUGUCAGCUAUCAACAAAUACAAAACUUAAUAACUGAUCAAUUUGGAUUUAGAAUUUCAAUUUUGAAGUAAUUUGUAUUUUUAUUAUUAAAUAUUAUGUACUCCUUUCAUAUUUGCCAAUAAACUAUUUUUUAUUCAAUA